UGCGGGUGAGGGGGGUGGAGCUGUGGCGGCGGCAGAUCGAGAGGAGAUGCCACCCAAUCCGACGGGGACGGAGGGGGAGCCCGGGCCGGCGGUGGAGCCGGCUCCGGCGGGGGCGGGGGCGGCGCCGGUGGUCAAGAAGAAGAGGAAUCUCCCCGGAACGCCAGAUCCGGACGCGGAGGUGAUCGCGCUGUCGCCGGGGACGCUGCUGGCGACGAACAGGUUCGUGUGCGAGGUGUGCGGGAAGGGGUUCCAGCGAGACCAGAACCUGCAGCUGCACCGCCGCGGCCACAACCUGCCGUGGCGGCUGCGGCAGCGCGGCCCCGGUGCGGCGCCGCCGCGCCGCCGGGUGUACGUCUGCCCGGAGCCCGGCUGCGUGCACCACAACCCCACCCGCGCCCUCGGCGACCUCACCGGCAUCAAGAAGCACUUCUGCCGCAAGCACGGCGAGAAGCGCUGGACAUGCCAGCGCUGCGGCAAGCGCUACGCCGUCCAGGCCGACCUCAAGGCGCACACCAAGACCUGCGGCACCCGCGAGUACCGCUGCGACUGCGGCACCCUCUUCACCAGGAGGGACAGCUUCGUGACGCAUCGCGCCUUCUGCGGCGCGCUCGUGGAGGAGACGGGCAGGGUGCUCGCCGUGCCUGCGCCGCCGUCGCCUCGCCCGCCUGAUUUGGAGGCCGAGGAGAAUGUGGAUAAGGAUAAGGAUAAGGAGGAGGAGGUGAAGGAGAAGGAGAAGGAGAAGGAGCUGGAGGAGAAUGAGGAUUCACCUGUGGCCGAGGUCGAUGAGCCGCAGCCCAGCCAGGCGGUGGCGGAGGUGCCGCAGCAGUGCGCUCCAUCACCGCCGCCGCCGCCUCCGAUACUGCAGGAGCAUCCUCAGCCGGUGGUGGCAGUGGUACCAAAUGUGGAUGAGCAAGAGGUGGUUGCUAAGCCAGCAGUGAUUGCCAAGAUAGAGGUGGAAGAUGAGCGAGAUGAGGAGGUUUGCUUUCAGGAAGUGGAUCGAUACAAAGAUGCUGAACUGGAGGACUCAAACCUGCUGGAUAAUGACACUCCGAUGCUGCCUUGUUUCCUUCCCUCGCCCUCGGAGGCCAUUGGCACAGAUGGCAGCAGCACCAGCUGCGGCACGGGAAGCAGCGUUACCAAUGCUAUCGCUCCAGCUACGACGACGAGCACGUUCGCUGGUCUGUUUGCGUCGGUCACAACGAGCAGCACUCCCCAAAGCAGAUCCCUCCGCGAUCUCAUCGGCGUCGAUCCCACAUUCCUCUGCCUUGCAAUUGGUGCGCCGUCUUCUCUCUUCCCACAGACAAAUGCAAGUGACCCCUGCUCCUUUGCUCCACCUCCAGCACCGCACAUGUCCGCAACCGCUCUCCUGCAGAAGGCUGCUGAGGUUGGUGCUUCGCAAUCAAGCUCAUCUUUCCUGAAGGAGUUUGGGCUCGCCGCCUCCACCUCAUCGUCUCCCCCAUCCAAGCUAUCCCAAGGGAGGUUCACUACUGGUAACACACCAACAACAUCUCAUCCACAUCCACAUCCACAUCCGCAUCCUCAUCCGCCUCAAGGAAGGUUCAUGGAUAACGUCCCACAGCCGCCACCGCCAGCCAAGCUGCCACAUCGAAUGUUCACCGAUAACAGUGUACAACAGUGGCACCAUAGGAGCAACCAGCAAAUGGAAAUGGAGCCUGGGCCGAUGCUACCUGGCGGUCUUGGCCUUGGUCUCACCUAUGACACUGGGAAUUCAGGGUUGCCGGACUUGAUGAUGGGACCAUCGGCACUGUACGGUCCCAAGCCUGCCACUCUGGACUUCCUUGGGCUUGGCAUUGGAGGGACCAUGGGUGGCUCCACUGCAAAUGGUGGCCUCCCGGCAUUGAUGGUUGGAGGAGAGCUGGACAUGGGGUCUGCACAGGCGCCAUGGGAGGAGGCCAAGAGAAAGACCAACGGCCGCACAAUCCUGUGAGGUUUUCUUUUUGCAAUAACCUUGGGUUUUGUGCUCUGGCUAGCAUCAUUCUUUCAGCCACCUGCCUGUAUUGGUAGAGAGAAACCUAGAACAAUGUAAGAUGCAGACUUGUAAAUACAUCCGUGCUUCCUCUCCUCUCCUCCUCUGCCUUCUUCUGUCUAGAAUUAUUAAAAGGGCUUAUUGUUGUUAUAGAGGGAAAAAUCUGCUGGUCAUUUGGAACCUGACCUUUGCUGGUCCUGUUCCUUUCAAACUGUAUGAAGGUAACAUGGGCAGUAAGUAGUUGCUGUUAUCUUAACUGAGAGACCUGUGGCUCGAAUGCGAGAUUGUUUCGGAAAAGAUAAGGUGAGAUUGCGACGGUGAGGUUGACAUGGGAAAGAUGUCUUUGCUGUUGCUAUCAUCUGGGUCAAUAUCCUUGCCCCCAAAAAACUACUUUUGUGGUCUUUUACUACUAGUACUGCUACUUUUCACCCUGCGUUCUGUGAUUGGAUGACCGUUUGAUGGUUACUAACCAUCUUUUUUGUGCCUUUUUUUUAACACCAUCUCUUAUGUGCCUUGUAUUACUAUGUUAUCACUAUGCUUUAUGUAGUAUUGAUCAGUCAAAUGUUUUUUCAUGGUUGUGUACAAGUGUACCUAUUUUUUAACACACUCUCUUAUGUGCCUUGUAUUACUAUGUUAUUACUAUGUUUUAUAUUGAUCAGUCAUAUUUUUUC